AUGGUUCGUGGGGUUGUCCUGUACGUCCAACAAGGCAGCAUCUACGCUGUGCGCAUGUGUAAAUGUGCGGUGUUCGUUUAUUUACCGGCCGCCAACGGGGAUUUUGUUCUUAUGAAAAAAUUGGGACGCCGUGAACGAGAUAAAAUAUUCGAUUAUGGCGAAUUUAUGAAUGACCUGCGAGCUCAUAGAGUUGACCAACAUCCGAAGCCACAUUUUGAGGUUAUUUUGGCUUUUGGACAACAAAUGCGACCAAACUUCUCCACAGAAAGCCUACUGGUCUGGUGUCGUGUCGCCAGCUGUCGUGCUUGGUUUCAACUUUUCCGAGAUCGUCCUCUGCAACUGACGAAUAACGAUGACGUGUAUUCAGACGAUCUGCUUCACGAAACAGAAGCGAACAGUGGUAACAAUCGCCAUAAUCGUUUAGUGUACAGUUUCGCUCCACGGUCCGAUAUGUUGGAUCUCGGUCACGGUGAAUUGGAAUCCCACCAGUCCCUCUCAAGGAACCCUUGGAUCGUGAAACUGACACGAAUGAAACCCUUGGUCUGGCCGAAGNUGGGUGAUUCAGAUGUUCCGUAUAAUACCAGUGAACAGGUGAUCGAAGAGGGAGUCGAAGUCCCCUUAGACGACCGAGACGAGAGCUUAGUGUACGACGAUGGUACACUACAGACUGAAGUUUCGGACAGUAUCACUGUUAGCUCAUCCAGUCCAAUCACUAUGUCUCUAACACCCUCUCUCUCCCAAGGUGUCUUCAUGAACACUAUUCACUCGUCCGUUGGACUGAAAACAACACCUAUGGCUGUGGUUGAGGAAACAGUUGGUUCCGUGUUUGUCUCAGAAGCCAAAAUGUGA